UCUCAGCGGCAGCACGGCUCUGCGCUCCGAGUGUGGAUGUUAGAAAAGAGGGAAGGACUCCGAGACACACACACACAGAGGAGCGCUACCGGUGGACGUGAGUGUGCUCGCGGGCUGCGGAGCGUCUCUCCGGUCAGCUGUGAAUGGGAUUACGGCGGCUCCUCCGGGACUGCAGGAGGAACCAUGCGGCCGCAGAGCUGCCCGCUGCCCUCAGCACUGCUCCCGCUGCUGCUCGGGCUCUGCAGCGGCACAAGUUUCCCAACUAACAUCAACAUAGGAGGCCUUUUCCCCGGUGACUCCCAUGAGUACGAGGUGUUUCGUUUCGCCCUGGCACAAAACCAGGACAUCCCCAAGCUGGUGCCACAGGUGGACAUGGUGGACACGAGCAGCAGUUUCGCCAUGACCUACGCCUUCUGCUCACAGUUCUCUAAGGGAGUGUACGCCAUCAUGGGUCUGUACGACCGGCGGACGGUCAACAUGCUGAUGUCCUUCUGCGGGUCUCUGCACGUCUGCUUCGUCACGCCGUCCUUCCCCGUGCAGACCAACAACCAGUUCGUCCUGCAGCUGCGGCCCCAGCUGCAGGAGCCCCUCAUGGCCCUGCUCGAGCACUUCUACUGGACCAGGUUCGUCUACAUGUACAGCUCUGAAUCAGGUUUGGCAGUGUUGCAGAGGAUCCUGGACACGGCGGCAGAACGAAGUUGGCAGGUCACCUCGGUUAACCUGGACAGUCUCACAGAGCCGGCCUUCAUCAAGCUGCUGGCUGACCUCGACUACAAGAAGGACUUCCAGAUCAUCAUCGACUGCGAGCUGAAACGCCUCAACUACAUCCUCAACCUGAUUGCUGCUCAGAAGAGGAACUUGAAGAACUACCACUACAUCCUUGCCAAUCUGGGCUUCUUGGACCUGAACGUCACAGAAUUUCAGAAGCUCGGACCGAACGUGACCGGCUUCCAACUGGUGAAUCGGUCGGAUCCCGCUGUGCAGAAGAUCAAUCAGAACUGGCUGGACUUCGACAACAAAGACCUCAAAGUGGCUCGCAGGAGGCUCAAGUACACAGGAGCUCUGACCUAUGAUGGUGUCAGCGUCAUGGCAACGGCAUUCCAGAAUCUGCGGAGGCAACGGAUCGACAUCUCUCGCCGGGGCAACGCAGGGGAGUGCCUGGCCAACCCGCCCGCUCCGUGACAGGGCAUCGAUAUCCAGAGAGCCCUGCAGCAGGUUCGUCUGGAGGGGCUGACGGGUCACGUCCAGUUCGAUGAGCGCGGACAUCGAACCAACUACACUUUGACUGUGAUGGAGCUCAGCCACAUUGGACCCAGGAAGAUCGGCUUCUGGAAUGAGAAGAGAGGCUAUGUGAACACUGCCAUCUACAAGCCGAUGCAGGAGGAGUUUUACAAUGUGCAGAACAAAACCUACAUCGUCACUACCAUCCUGGAAGCUCCCUACAUGAUGCUAAAGAAGAACCACGAGCAGUUUUGGGGAAACGAUAAAUAUGAAGGUUACUGUGCCGAGCUCGCCGCAGAGAUCGCCAAACACGUCGGGUUCACGUACCGCCUUGAGCUAGUAGGUGACGGCAAGUACGGUGCCAGAGACGCUGAAACAAAGAUGUGGAAUGGCAUGGUGGGAGAGCUGGUGUAUGGGAAGGCGGACAUGGCAGUGGCCCCGCUGACCAUCACUCUGGUGCGAGAGCAGGUGAUCGACUUCACAAAACCCUUCAUGUCUCUGGGAAUCUCCAUCAUGAUCAAGAAACCUACCAAGUCCAAACCAGGCGUCUUCUCUUUCCUCGACCCGCUGGCCUACGAGAUCUGGAUGUGCAUCGUCUUUGCCUACAUCGGGGUCAGCGUGGUGCUCUUCCUGGUGAGUCGGUUCAGUCCUUACGAAUGGAACGGUGAGGAGUCUGAUGAUGAAGAUGAAACUGCUCCCUCUUCUUCUCGAAGAGCUCAGGCCUCUUCAUCCGCAGAACAUACCCACUCUCCAGGGUUCUCCCAGGCUCAGGGGCAGAACCAGAACCAGCAGAAGGAAAAGGAGACCCCAGAAUGCACCAAUGACUUUGGCAUCUUUAAUUCUCUGUGGUUCUCACUCGGAGCGUUUAUGCAGCAGGGCUGUGACAUCUCUCCCAGGUCUCUCUCAGGUCGAAUUGUCGGAGGAGUUUGGUGGUUUUUCACCCUCAUCAUCAUCUCUUCCUACACAGCCAACCUGGCAGCCUUCCUCACUGUAGAGAGGAUGGUGUCCCCCAUAGAGAGUGCAGAGGACCUGGCCAAGCAAACAGAGAUUGCCUAUGGUACCUUGGAUGGAGGCUCCACUAAAGAAUUCUUCAGGCGGUCAAAGAUUGCAGUGUUCGAGAAGAUGUGGUCGUACAUGCGGAGUGCAGACCCAUCGGUCUUCGUCAAGAGCACUAGUGAAGGCAUGAUACGGGUCAGAAAGUCAAAAGGGAAAUAUGCUUACCUGCUGGAGUCCUCCAUGAAUGAGUACAUCGAGCAGAGGAAGCCCUGUGACACCAUGAAAGUAGGAGGCAACCUGGACUCUAAAGGCUAUGGAGUGGCCACGCCUAAAGGAUCCCCCCUCAGAAACCCUGUUAACUUGGCAGUGUUAAAACUGAACGAGCAGGGCCUGUUGGACAAAUUGAAAAACAGAUGGUGGUAUGACAAGGGAGAGUGCGGCACCGGGGGAGGGGACUCCAAGGACAAAACUAGCGCGCUCAGUCUGAGCAAUGUAGCUGGAGUUUUCUACAUCCUGAUUGGUGGGCUGGGCCUGGCCAUGCUGGUGGCUCUGGUCGAGUUCUGCUACAAGUCUCGGAUUGAGUCAAGAAGGAUGAAGGAGCUUAUUGAUGCCGCCAUGAUGAGCACCAGCCUUGGCGGGAUAGCGGUGGCAGGAGGAGGAGCGGUUGCUGGUGGGUUAGGAGUUGGACCGUCAGGACUUGGAGGGGAGAAUGGCCGCGUGGUGGCCCACGAUUUCCCAAAAGCCGGAGCUCAGGGUUUACCCUGCAUGAGCAAAGCAGCCGGCCUGGGACUCUCCUCCACAGGCAUGUGAUCCUAGCCAAGACUCGUUAUUGGACAAGACGCUUCUAUCCAUCUACCUGUUUGUCAGUCUGUUGGUGAGGAGAGAAAUAGAAGGUACAAAGUAAAGAGAAAAAGGGAAGCAUAAAAGAAGAAUAAGGAUGAAAUGUCGGGUGGCAAGGGAAGUGAAAAAAGGGGAGGAAGAACUAUAAAAAUGGAUGAAUGGGAAAAGUGUUGAAUUCAGAAGAGAAAAGAAAAAGAUUAAGAGGGAUUUGGCAGGCAGAAGGAGAAGUGUUCAUGUUCACCGUGAAUGACUGAAUACUGUAGAACUCUGAACAGAGAGCACCUGAACAAAACACCUGAGAGAAAUCAAGACAAGCAGCGGGGCUUAACAAACUCUAACUAAAUGAACUGGAAUUACUUUUUCUAUGAGCACUGUCUUAAACUGAAGCAGCAGAGGGGGUUGACCAGCGUUUUGGUUGGGGGGGAUAACUUUUUUAAACCUCUUCUUGACCUUCACUCCAGUCCCCUUCCUCUUCCUUUGUGCUUCGUCACAUUCACACAGAACACCAUGUCCAGAUCAGAGAGGGCUCAGAAGUUUGAGCAUGAAGACCUUUUUCAGGAACGUGCUGAAGAGCAGGAGCACGGUGGUUAGCACUGUUGCUGCACAGCAAGAAGGUCCUGAGUUCAAUUCCACCAUCAGGCCGGGGUCUU